UCAUUUAUUGAUAAAUUGAUAAAAGGGAAAAGACGUUCGCGAGAAUACUGUCCUGAAAAACAUCCUUGUUAUACGCUUUAUUGCAACGAAAAGCGGUUGAAGAAGUAAAUAUGACUUCUACUUUACCUAAUGAAGCUGAUAGGAACGAGGAACGACGACGUAGGUUGCUGUUGGGUCCAUUGCCUGCUGGUUUCCUGAGGGCUGAUGGUACUGUGGACAAUGUUGAUGCAGAUUACCAGGCUGCACUUGCUCUGCAGCAACAGCUCAGUGGUGCUACGGUACCCGCUACUGGACCACCUCUAACUGCGAGACUCAGUAUUACAAUAGCUCAAGCUAAACUGUCUAAAAAUUAUGGUCUAACUCGAAUGGACCCGUAUGUUCGUCUUCGCGUGGGUCAUUGUAUAUACGAGACCCAGACUGACCCCAGCGGUGGAAGGACGCCGCGCUGGAAUAAAGUUAUACAUUGCCUGCUCCCGCCCGGUGUUAACUCUAUUUAUUUAGAGAUCUACGAUGAAUGCUCUUUCACAAUGGACGAGCUGAUUGCUUGGACUCACAUCAACAUCCCGCAAGCCGUGCUCAAUGGUGAAACUCACGAGAACUGGUAUCCAUUGAAUGGUAAACAAGGAGACGGUAAAGAGGGUAUGAUCAACCUCGUACUAAGUUACUCGGUUGGCCCAGCAGCGGUGGCUACCUUCCCACCGGUGUUAGUAGUACCCAGCACGGGUAUGGGGUAUGCGGCCAUGCCGGUCUACCCCGCCCCCCACCCUGCACCCUACCCCGCACCACAGCCACAGCAACAGCCUCCGCCGCAGCAGCUCUCACCAGAACAGUUGCAACAGAUCGAGGAGAUGUUCCCGAGCAUCGAGAAGGAUGUGAUAAAGUCUGUGCUGGAGGCCAACCGCGGCGACAAGGACGCCACCAUCAACUCUCUGCUGCAGAUGUCAGAAUAAGUUUCUGUAUGUUCUCGUAUUUUACACAUGUCAAAGUAAACUCCCUGCAUAUUCUUAAACUUUACACAUGUUAAAGUAAACUCCCUGAAUAUUCUCGAACUUUACACAUGUCAGAGUAAACUCCCUGCAUAUUCUUACACUUUACACAUGUCAAAGUAAACUCCCUGCAUAUUCUUAAACUUUACACAUGUUAAAGUAAACUCCCUGAAUAUUCUCGAACUUUACACAUGUCAGAGUAAACUCCCUGCAUAUUCUUACACUUUACACAUGUCAAAGUAAACUCCCUGCAUUUUCUCGAACUUUACACAUGUCAAAGUAAACUCCCUGUAUGUUCUUAAACUUUACACAUGUCAAAGUAAACUCCCUGUAUGUUCUCGUGUUUUAAACAUGUUAACUCC